AUGAAGGGGAUUGUGAAGGACCUGAACGAGGCCCAAUUAGACCCCAACGUCGAAGUUGUGAUCGCCCCCCAUCGCUCUACCUGCUCGAUCAAGGUAGCCGCCUUGAACGUCUUCAACAAGCGCAACAGCGCCUUCAUAAGUGGCAUUGGCAUUAUCCGGUGCUGCGGCGAGUUGCUUGAGGAGCGCAUGGCUGGCAAGACGCUUGACGUCAUUACCAAGCAGCUUGAGGCCCUCCACUCCUCUCUGGCCAGGCCUGAGGCCUGGAAGAGCGCUGUUGUCACCUACGAGCCUAUCUGGGCCAUCGACACUGGCAAGGUUGCUAGCAACCAACAGGCCCAGGAGGUCCACGAGGCAAUCCGCAAGUGGCUGAAGGAGGCAAGGACUUGGUCUGAGCCCGAUCUGUUUCCUAUGGGAUCGUCCUGA